AUGGCUCCUGCAAUGAAAAAGGCUAAGCCCUCCUCUGCCGCUCGCGAAAAGGACGACGAUGCUCACACGAAAAAACCCUGGAUCACAGACAUGCCUUUAGAUGUCUUGUUUGAGAUAUUCAAGCACUUGCCAGCUUUGGCCCUGUUGUAUCUCACAUGGACUUCAAAAGACUUUCGUGCACUCCUACUGAGUCGCUCCAGGACGCGUCGCAUCUGGCAGGAUGCUCUUGCAGAAGUUAAAUAUCUCCCAUCAACUCCUCAAUAUAUGAGCGAGCCCGCAUACACUCACCUGGCGUUCAUAUCUACUUGCCAUAUAUGUCAUAGGACUUCGUGUCAUUCCAUCCUGUGGCACUUCCGCGUACGCAUGUGUGAAGAGUGCAUACCAUCCAAAUUUUUUCAUGGCAAGCUAGAAAGUCUCUUUUCCGGUCGUCUCUCUCAACUUGCCAAAGAACAUGGACGUAAGCUACUUCCGCUAGGAAGAUUGACGCCUUUCCCUGAAGAUUCUCAUGAAUUUUAUUACCUUCCCGAUGUUGCACAUCUCCAAGAACAAUUCAAUGCUCUGCCCCAAAAAGAUGGUGAAAUAUUCGAUGAUUUUUUGCAUCAACGCCUCCAACUCACCUCAAAUAUUUAUGAACAUGCAAUGCAAUGUUCACGCUGGAUGCAACAGGUGGAAAAGGCCCGUGAGGAAAACAGAAGAAAGCUCAUUUCUACACGAGAGGCUGCCAUCAUCGAACGACUGACAAAGGCCGGAUGGGGCGAGGAGCUGGGUCACAUUACGCCAUUUAAUUCUAGAAAAUUUUUGCUACUUCCGGAGGUUAACAAACCUGAAGAGCUCGACAAUAUGGAAUGGGAAAAUAUCCUUCCGGCGCUCGUCAAGUGUAUGGAGUGUUACAAACGUUGUCGUAUCGAAAACCUCCAACGUCCAGCCUUCAGAACACGGUUUGAUUCAUUGAAUACUUCAAUCGAAGAUGCAUCGCGAGCCACAACCACGAAACUCGAUUUCUAUCCGCGUCCAGUAGAUAUUUGCCAUUUACCUGAAGUGCGGCGCCUAUUAGAUGUGGAAUAUGAUACCAAGAUCAACUACAAGUAUCUGAAGAAAGAACUCAAGUCAAUUGCGCCUGGCCUUGUGGGAAAGUGGUAUAAAGAUGUCCUGCAAAAUUUUGAAGAUCACCUGCGCUCUGAUAUCAAAGUCGAUAAUGACGUCAAGGUUCUGGAACUGGCCGCAAUGAGGUUUACUUGCAGGAUGUGCUCAAUCACAUUAGAGUAUCCCAUGGUUCUCGUUCACAAGUGUUUAUAUGGGCGUUCUGGUUGUCAUAACAUAGUAGAUACUAUGCAUAAAGAAGAGCGCAAAGAUGACCUUCAAGGGGUGUAUUCGACGUCUGCAAGAGCUUUUUAUGGCACGUACCCUUGGUCAUGCCAGCCCAUAAAACCAGUCAUGUGGGGAGAUCGAAUUAAAAACCUGUUUAAAGCAUGUGAUCAAGAUCCUGGACGAGCGACUGCUGUGGAUAUGGAUAGACGAGAUGCAAGGGUUACUUGCAAUCAGUGCUUCAGUUCUCGAGGACGGGUUGUCAUGACUUGGCGAGCUGCGCUGGACCAUUGUAUUUCAGAGCAUAGGACACCUAAUUCAUCUUCGAUAAAAUGGUCACUCAUAACAGGUAGAGAAGAAAGACAGGCAAGAGCUAUAGAAGAAUCCUAUAUGGAGCCCCGCAUACGAAAAUAUGAACAGCAGCAGAAUUGGGCAUGUCUUAUCUGUUCACGUGUGGGUACGAAGAGAGAUAUGAUAACCCAUGUUGUCAGGCACAACAUCCUCGCUAAUGAUGCUGAGGAAGGCAAGCAUUACCACCGGAAAAUAGACUCGCCACCCAUCAGGGUUGAAUCAGUGAUGGUCUUCUUCAAAGGAAUAACCAAGUAUGACCUUGACUCACGCGACGUAGACUGGCUAGUGCAAGGUCGAGCAGAUUACUAUGAUUCGGACUAG